UCAAAUAAAUCAAAUCUUGUGUCUUAGAUUUUCUUCUUUUUGUCCACUGUCCUUCUUUUCAUGACAGACAAUAACCAUCAAAAGUAAUAAUCUCAAUUCUCAAACCAUUUUAAUAUAACCAAAAUCUAUCCCAUCCAUCUCCCCUCUCCCCCUCUCAAUAUUUAUUUCCCCACCCCCACCUUCCAUGGAAGAAGAAGAAAAUAAGAAAAAACCCUAGCUACCCCCGAAAGAAAAAAAAUCCAAACUUUCCUUUCCCUUCUACAAAUUUAAGUACUCUUCCAUUUCCAAGAUCCAAAAUGGAUUCAAUACUCCCUGAAUUUGAAGGUUUCAACAACAACAACAAUCAACAACAAUUUGGAUUAGUAGUUUCCAAUACUACUCUUCAAAAUUUAGUUGUUGGUUCUUCGUCGUCGUCGACUUCGAGUCGUUACGAGAAUCAAAAACGACGAGAUUGGAACACAUUUUGUCAAUACCUUAAAAAUCAUAGACCCCCACUUGCUCUUUCAAGAUGUAGUGGAGCUCAUGUUCUUGAAUUCCUUCGUUAUUUAGAUCAAUUUGGUAAAACCAAAGUUCAUACACCAAUCUGCCCUUUUUACGGUCACCCUAAUCCUCCUGCCCCUUGCCCUUGUCCUUUACGUCAAGCUUGGGGCAGCCUUGAUGCUCUUAUUGGUAGACUUCGGGCAGCCUUUGAAGAGAAUGGUGGGAUGCCCGAAGCUAACCCUUUUGGUGCCCGAGCUGUACGGCUUUAUCUUAGAGAAGUUCGUGAUUUACAAUCUAAAGCAAGAGGAAUUAGCUAUGAGAAGAAGAAAAGAAAGCGUCCUCAACAGCAACAACAACAAAUUUCUCAAUCAAUUAAUGGAGCUAAUUGAAAAAUUAAGGAAAAAAAUUUCCACUUUAUGAUCAAGGAAGGCAAUUAGAGGCUGCAAGUUUCCUUCUUUGUCAUGUCAGUGUCUCCCAUGUCCAGGAAGAUGAGUGAAGUAUGCUGCAACUUAGAACAUUGAAAGAAAAAGUAAAGAAGUGGAAGAUGGGGGAAAGGGGGGAAGGGGAAAAAAAGAAGAGCAAAAGUAUGUAUGAGAGAAAACCCUUUGGCAUUCAAUACUGAUC